GUUUUAUUUCACCAAGAAAUGACAAUGUCCCGUAUGCUUUUACCAAGUCGUUUUUGUGCCAAAUGUACCCUGUUUCUACCAGUGCGGGUGUCUCUUUUGUUGAGACCGAAAGCAGCCGGAGUCGACGCGCAGCGCUCACACAUUUCGAGUGUUUUUAUUCACCAACAAAGACGAUAUGUCGGAGGGUCAAACGCAGCUUCUUUUCGAUACAAAGCAAAGUCCAAGAUUUGGAUAUAUGGCGUUGGUUUUGGGAUUGCUUUAGCUGUCGGACUGAAAUAUCUCACGGAAGAAGCCAACAGUUCCUGUGAUGAUAAAGUAGCUGAAGUACACGGAGCUAAUCGAUACAGCCGUGCCGUAAAAGUUAGCAGGGACCUUUUGGAGCGGAUAAAGGUAGGCACAGAGGCCGAGGUCGGGGCUCCGGGGCUGGUGGUUGGGGUCUCGGUGGAUGGUGCUCAAGUAUGGUGUGAAGGGAUCGGUUAUGCUGAUUUGGAGAAUCGCGUGCCGUGCAGCCCAGAAACAGUGUUGCGCAUUGCCAGCAUCAGUAAGCCCCUGACAUCUGCAGCUGCUGCACGACUAUGUGACGAGGGGAAAUUAGAUCUUGAUGUCCCAGUCCAGAAAUACGUCCCGGAAUUUCCUCAGAAACAAUUCGAUGGACAGGAUGUCACAAUAACCCCUCGUAUGAUUCUGUCCCACCUAAGUGGGAUACGUCAUUAUGAGAAAGAUGCAAAGAAAGUGAGGGAGGAUAAGGAGAAAGCCAAACGACUUUUGAAGCCACAAGUGAAAGAGAAAGAGGAUGAAAAGAGCUCAUCUGAAAACAAAGAUAAACCUGCAACAGAACAAAACACUAAAGACAAAGAAGCUGCUCAGUCUCGAAAGAAAAAAGAGUUUGAGCACGAGGAAUACUACUUGAAGGACACCUUUGAAAAUGUCUCUCAGGCUUUGGACCUCUUCAAGAGUGACCCCCUUAUUUUCAAACCUGGUACCACUUUUCUGUACUCCACCCAUGCCUAUACCCUACUCAGUGCUGUUAUGGAGCAAGCUGCUGGACGGCGUUUUCUGGACCUCAUGAUGAACAUGUUCCGUGAGCUGGGAAUGCUCAACACUGUGCCCGAUGAGAAUGACCCUAUUAUUUACCACCGCUCCAGAUUUUAUCAUCUCAACAAGAGAGGACGUGUUGUGAACUGUCCGUAUGUAGACAACUCCUACAAAUGGGCAGGAGGCGGCUUCCUGUCCACUGUGGGCGACUUGCUGCUUUUUGGCAACGCUCUGCUCUACAGCUACCAGGUGGCCCACCUGAAGGACACUGAGGGCUUUCUCCCUGGCUUCCUCAAACCCCAGACUGCUAUAGAUCUGUGGGCACCCGUUGACAGGACAGAUGCCACCUGGGAUAAGGAUGGAAUGUAUGGCCAAGGAUGGGUGGUGGUUGAGAAACAACAGAAAUAUGGCCAGUGCAGGAAGCGCAGACACUACGUGUCGCACACAGGAGGCGCUGUGGGGGCUAGCAGUGUCCUCUUGGUGUUGCCCAGUGAUGAAAUAGACCAGCGCCAAGGACAGACCCCGGUCCUCCCACAGGGGGUGGUCGUCACUAUCAUCGCUAACAUGCAGUCUGUGGGGCUCAACAGCACAGCGCUGAAAAUUGCACAUGAGUUUGACAAAGCCAGAAGCCUGUAAGAGUAAGUUGUUUACAGAAUUGUGGUAGGAUGCAUUUCAGGUAAAGCCUUGUGAUUUUUCUAUAUUUUUGAUACAUAUUUUAAAUGUUUUGGAAAUUGAAUAAAUCUUUUACAUAGGUGUUAUGAAUUUUG